CGCGCUGAGUCGCACACGCAGCCGCGCGCGAGUCGACCGUCUUCGACGCAUGCGCGACCACACGAUCGCUUAUUAUCAUCACACUUCCGCGUUCGAAUUACCGCUUUCGCCCCGUAAACAGUUCUCGUGCGAACGUUUCGUGUUUUCAAACAAAUUUCGACAUCGCUGUUGCGAAACAGAUCAGCCGGUGGAUGGCUGCAGUUUUCAAGACGAACAAGCGGCGUUUGCAAACGCUGCCGUGAUGCCUAAUCAUAAUUAGAGGGCUAAAUACGGACAUGGGCGUUAGAAGCGGCGCGCGCCUCUGGCUUGCGCUCGCGCUGGUGGCGGUCGUUUGGCCGCUAGGCCUUGGGAAUUCAGAAAUAUACUACGAGAAACAGCGCUACGAUGGCUGGUACAACAACAGAGCAUACCCCGACUGGGGAUCAGUUGGUAGUCGACUCACGCGCAAGUCACCAGCAUCGUACGCGGAUGGAGUUUACAUGAUGGCGGGCGCAGAUCGGCCAGGUGCCAGAUCGCUCUCCAAACUCUUCAUGAGGGGGCAAGAUGGACUACCCUCGUUGGCGAAUAGAACGGCUCUACUUGCAUUUUUUGGUCAAGUGGUAACCGGCGAAAUCGUGAUGGCCUCAGAAUCGGGCUGCCCCAUCGAGCACCAUCGCAUCCCGGUGGACAAGUGCGACCACAUGUACGACCCGGAGUGCAAUGGAGCCAAGUACAUGCCCUUUCUGAGGGCCGCCUACGAUAGAAGCACGGGACAGAGCCCUAAUAGCCCUAGAGAGCAAAUAAACCAAAUGACAUCAUGGAUCGACGGAAGCUUCGUGUACAGCACAAGCGAGGCUUGGGUGAAUGCAAUGAGGUCAUUUCAGAAUGGCAGCCUAGCGAGCGAGGGCGGCAUGCCUCUGAAGAAUACAAAGCGAGUGCCUCUAUUCAAUAACCCGGUUCCGCACUACAUGCGGAUGCUCAGCCCAGAGAGGCUCUUUUUGCUGGGUGACCCCCGGACAAACCAGAACCCCGCGAUGGUAACCUUCGGCGUGCUACUCCUGAGGUGGCACAACGUGGUGGCCGGCAGGGUACACCGCCAGCAUCCAGACUGGAGCGACGAGCAGGUCUUCCAGAGGGCCAGGAGAAUUGUCAUCGCUAGUCUACAGAACAUCAUUCUUUACCACUACGUGCCUUCAUUCCUCGGCGUGCCAAUCCCGCCCUACGAAGGCUACAAGGCGGAGGUGGCGCCAGGCGUGACGCACGAGUUCGCAGUCGCUGCCUUCAGAUUUGGCCACACCCUCGUUCCGCCAGCCAUUCUGCUCAGAGACAGGAACUGCAGAUACGGCCGCGCCCCUGGAGGGCAUGACGCUAUCAGGCUGUGUCAGACAUGGUGGGAUGGAAAUGAUGUAGUAUCCCAAGUGCCAAUAGAAGAAAUAUUGAUGGGGAUGGCAUCUCAACUAUCAGAAAGAGAAGAUGCCCUACUAUGUUCUGAUGUGCGGGACAAUCUCUUUGGACCUAUGGAGUUUUCACGGAGAGAUCUAGGAGCUCUCAAUAUUAUGCGAGGCCGAGAUAAUGGCUUGCCGGACUAUAACACAGCCAGGGAAUAUUUCGGUCUUCCAAAAAUAAAAACAUUCAAUGAAAUAAAUCCACAAUUAUUUGAGAAUAAUCCUGAUCUUUUGCAAAAGCUCAUUCAAGUUUACGAAGGAAGGUUGGACAACAUAGACGUUUACAUUGGUGGCAUGCUUGAAUCCACUGGCCAUCCAGGAGAACUGUUCAGAGCUAUCAUAUUAGACCAGUUCACAAGGAUACGAGAUGCUGAUAGAUUUUGGUUUGAGAACGACAAGAAUGGGAUUUUCACACCCGAUGAAAUUGAAGAACUUCGGCGAAUUUCUCUCUGGGAUAUCAUAGUGAACAGUACGGCGGUAGGCCCAAAUGACAUCCAAAGGGACGUCUUCCACUGGAGCUCGGGGGAUAUUUGUCCGCAGCCGUACCAGUUGAAUGCGUCAAAACUGCCACCCUGCAAAUAUUUGAGGGGAUAUGAUUACUUUGAGGGCAACGAAUUCGCUUACAUCUACACGUGUUUGGCGCUCGCAUUCGUACCGAUCCUGUGCGCAGGCGCUGGUUACGGAGUCGUGAAGCUGCAGAACAGCCGCCGGCGCAAACUCAAGAUACAACAGGAGCACCUCAAGAAUGCACAAUAUAAAGGUUCAGUAGACAAAAUGGUAUGUCGUGAAUGGGUGCAUGCAUCACUAAAAAGACUAGUAAAACUACGACUAGGUCCUGAACCAGCUCUUCAUGUCACCGAUCGGAAGGGAGACAAAUUGAGGACCCUGCCUCUGGAUCACACUGAACAGCUCACUGUUCUUGAGAGUCAGGAAAGCCGAAACAACAAGCGGCCUUUAGUCCUGAUCCGCGCCCCACGAGAACAUGAUCUAGUCUUGGAGAUGGACUCGGUAGCUUCACGCCGCAAGUUCCUCGUCAAGCUCGAUACCUUCCUCGCUCAACACAAAAAGGGGCUUAAUCUCACCCAGGGUCACAGAGAACAAAUCUUGGCUACAGCAGAAACAAGGGAACGAAGGCAGCGAAGAUUAGAACACUUCUUUAGAGAAGCUUACGCCAUUACGUUUGGGCUGGCUCCGGGAGAAAAGAGGAGAAGGAAUGAAGAUGCAGAUCCAGAAUCAAUAGUAAUGAGAACAUCGCUGUCAAAGAAUGAGUUCGCAAGCGCACUUGGCAUGAAAGCAGACGCAGUAUUUGUGAAGAAAAUGUUCAACAUUGUCGACAAGGAUGGUGAUGGGAGGAUAUCGUUCCAGGAGUUCCUUGAUACCGUAGUCCUGUUCUCCCGCGGCGCAACCGAAGAAAAACUUCGCAUCAUCUUCGACAUGUGUGACAACGACCGCAACGGGGUCAUAGACAAGGGCGAGCUAAGCGAGAUGCUGCGAUCACUAGUGGAGAUCGCGAGAACCACCUCGCUGAGGGACGAGCAUGUCACUGAGCUGAUUGACGGCAUGUUCUCAGACGCAGGCCUACAACACAAAGACCAUCUGACGUACUCAGACUUCAAAGUGAUGAUGAAGGAGUACAAAGGAGAGUUCGUGGCCAUCGGCUUGGACUGCAAGGGAGCCAAGCAAAACUUCCUGGACACCUCCACUAAUGUAGCCAGGAUGACCAGCUUCCACAUUGAGCCUUCAAUGGACUCGUCACGACACUGGCUUCUUCUCAAGUGGGAUUACCUAACUACCUUCCUCGAAGAGAACAGACAGAACAUUUACUACCUGUUCGUCUUCUACGUGGUGACCAUCGGCUUGUUCGUGGAACGCUUCGCACAUUACUCGUUCAUGUCAGAACAUUUGGACUUGCGACACAUUAUGGGCGUAGGAAUAGCCAUCACGAGAGGAUCUGCAGCUUCCUUGUCCUUCUGCUACAGUUUGCUGUUGUUGACCAUGUCAAGGAAUCUGUUGACGAAGCUAAAGGAAUUCAGCAUCCAGCAGUACAUUCCCCUAGACUCCAGCAUCCAAUUCCACAAGAUAGUCGCGUGCACAGCUCUAUUCUUCUCACUACUCCACACCGCGGGCCACAUGGUCAACUUCUACCACGUAUCCACUCAGCCGGUUGAAAACCUACGCUGUCUCACAAAAGAAGUUCACUUCACGUCAGAUUUCAGGCCUGGUAUCACAUAUUGGGUGUUCCAGACAGUUACAGGUGUAAGCGGAGUGCUGCUGUUCAUAAUAAUGUGCAUAAUCUUCGUGUUCGCACAUCCGACUAUCCGCAAACGCGCAUACUCCUGGUUUUGGCGCGCGCAUUCCCUACACGUAGCGCUAUACGCGCUAUGCCUUGUGCACGGUUUGGCUAGACUUACUGGCGCACCACGAUUCUGGAUCUUCUUCUUGGGACCUGCCAUCAUUUAUACAUUAGAUAAGGUCGUAUCUCUGCGUACAAAAUACUUAGCUCUAGAUGUGCUUGAGACUGAAAUGCUGCCAUCAGACGUAAUAAAGAUAAAGUUUUACAGGCCACCUAACCUCAAAUACUUGUCCGGUCAAUGGGUCCGAUUAGCAUGUACUGCAUUCAAGAAAGAGGAGUUCCACUCGUUUACUCUGACGUCAGCUCCUCAUGAGAACUUCCUCUCAUGUCAUAUCAAAGCCCAAGGACCUUGGACGUGGAAGCUCAGGAACUACUUUGAUCCUUGCAACUAUAAUCCUGAAGAUCAGCCUAAGAUAAGGAUCCAAGGUCCAUUUGGCGGGGGCAACCAAGACUGGUACAAGUUCGAGGUGGCCGUGAUGGUGGGCGGCGGCAUCGGCGUCACGCCCUACGCUUCCAUCCUCAACGACCUCGUCUUCGGGACCUCUACCAAUAGAUACUCUGGAGUUGCGUGCAAGAAGGUGUACUUCCUAUGGAUCUGCCCCUCGCACAAGCACUUCGAGUGGUUCAUCGACGUGCUCCGCGACGUGGAGCGCAAGGACGUCACCAACGUGCUGGAGAUCCACAUCUUCAUCACGCAGUUCUUCCACAAGUUCGACCUGAGGACAACUAUGCUGUACAUCUGCGAGAACCACUUCCAGCGACUGUCGCGCACGUCGAUGUUCACGGGGCUGAAGGCCGUCAACCACUUCGGCCGGCCUGACAUGUCCUCGUUCCUCAAGUUCGUGCAGAAGAAGCAUAGCUACGUAUCCAAGAUCGGUGUGUUCUCGUGUGGGCCGCGGCCGCUCACCAAAUCCAUCAUGUCUGCGUGCGAACAAGUCAACCGCACGCGCAGGCUGCCGUAUUUCAUUCACCAUUUCGAGAACUUCGGCUAGACAACAUCACACAUACUUUUACUUACAGCACAAAUUGUAUAGGACAAUCGGAAUAAAAGAAUUACAGCAUUACUUCUGCCAGAUUGCGGAAACGUAUGCUGUAAAAUAACUUAUAAUAAGACCUUAACAAUCGCGCAAGUGCCGGGCGAUGGGGACAAUUUGCUAUUGUGUCGGAUAAUGCGCUUGUCAAUGUACGAGUAUACCAAUUCUUCAAACAUGGUUGUAGUAGGUCAGGCUGGGUGUAUUGGCUGGAUCAAGAUUGUGAACUAAUGGCGUAAUACUUACUCGUACAUGAAGAGGGCUAUCGUCUUAAUUUAAACUGUUAAUUAAAUGUGUUUCCGAUUGUCCUGCUAUUGCUAGCAUGUCAAUAAAUCACAAAAUAUAUUUAUAUUCAAAUAAGUUUUGUCUUUGAGGAGUCGAUACCGCUAUCACUGCCCUAUGGUUCUGCUAUGUGAUUAUUUUCUUGGAGAUAAUAAGUAUAAUUUUAUUGGCUAAAUCCAUUCCAAAACCUACACUAGUAAAUGUAAUUGUAAUAAUAAAUUAAAUAAAAAAUACAACAAUAUUUGAAUUUUUGUAUGUUUAUAAUUAUGUCAGGAUAUCAAUAUUAAAUGUACUAAAUAAAAAUUAGCAAAAUUUAAAUAAAUAUGUUUGUGCAGUAUGUAUAUUUUAAAACGUAGCAGUCUAACUUUAUUUAUUUUUAGUUUAAUGCUUCUUUAGUUUAGUUUAACAUCGCUUAUUAUAAUAGUCCAUUGCAAUGAUUUAGUACAAAUACAUCAACUAGGCAUUUGAAUGUACAAAAUAUAAAACUUAUCGAAAAAGUAUUUUUAGUAAAUCUAAUUAACAAAAUACUCAUUGCGAUCUAAAUUAAUGUUUAUAAACCAAUUGUAUUUAUAUAUAAUUUACGUUAAAUGAAAUUUGUAUUUGUAAAUAAUGUAAAAUACAAACAAUUGGCUAGUACAUUUAUAGUAAAAUGUUUAUUAUUAAAAUG